AAAAUUCAACCUAUCAUUUUUUAAUGAAUCGUGGAUUAAUUGGAAAUGCAACAGGUGCUUAAUUUACUCAACUCAAAAACUUUGAGUGAAUUCCAUUACAGCACCUUAUGUUAAUAACAGUAUAAUAACAUAACAGCUGACUUGUGAUAUUUAUCGAUAGAUUACUUUUUAAACGCUGAAAUAUGGAAGCCCAUUCUUCGGAACACCACAAACGUCUGGAAUACUGCACUACCAGACUAAAAUACCGUCAGGGCCGAGAAUUAAAAGCUGUCAAGGUUUAUACAGUGGCUAGUGAGUCUCGGCAUUUGCUGAUCUUCGGUGUACCUAAAAUAAACCUUCAGGCUAAUCUCAAGGCGAAACUGCAGGGAUUUGGUAAAGUGCAAUCGUGCAUUUCCGUAACUUCAGAGAUGAUUUCAAAAAUGGAGCUGGAAGCUUUUACAGAUGUGUUCGCAGUGAAAUUCGAGCGCCUAGAGGUGGCCAGAAGAGCCAAGAAGAUGCUUGAUGCCCAUCAGUUUUAUGGUGGAACCUUACACAUAUCCUACGCUCCAGAACGGGAAUCAGUCGAGGAACUUAGGGAGAAGAUGCAGCACCGAAGGAAUGAGGUGGCUUUUCGUAUUCUGAAAAAUCAGAAGGAUCAACCCCAAGUUCCGAAAAAGUGCCGGGAAGCAACAUGAUUACAG